AUAGUGGCAAACCUUAAAAAUAAAUCUCUCUCUCCCCCCUACAAAAGCCAAAGAAAGGAAAAAAACGGUGUGACAAAGCUGAGCUCCACAUAUUUAAGUAGUUCUAUCCAUGGCGACACUCUCAAACACACUACAUGGCUUUCACUGUCUCUCUUCAUCUUCCACGCCAUCUUCUUCUUCGACAUCUGUAGUUCAUUGUUCUCUCUGCUCCCUCACAUCUCUUCCGGUACAAAUCCCCACACAACCAGAAAUCCCCUUCUUGUCCAUCUGUUCUUCGAAAUUCCACCUCCUCCAACCCACAAAGCUCUUGAUUCAUCCCAUCCUGUUGUUCAGCGGGUUUGACAGACCUCUCGACACCCAGACAUUUCUCGCCACCAUUAGUGUUUUGGCCGCCAUUGCGCUCUCACUCUUUCUGGGUCUCAAGGGUGACCCUGUUCCUUGCGAGAGGUGCGCUGGCAAUGGUGGCACAAAAUGCGUCUUCUGUAACGAUGGUAAGAUGAAGCAAGAAACAGGCUUGGUGGAUUGUAAGGUUUAAUACUCUGCAAGAAGUGUGCAGGUUCUGGAUAUUCGAGACGUUUAUGAACUAAGGCGGAAUUGUCCAUCCCUGUAUUUUUAAUCAAAAUUAUUAUUUUUCUGAAGCUAAUUCUUUCUUCUAAAUCCUUUCUGUUCUUCCUAUUUUGGUCAACCUGAACUUACUGAAAUUUUUUGAUGGUUGUAGAUGUAAAUGAUAUUUCAAAGUAUGAUGUAUCAUAUUUUAAAUUUUAGAA